AUGUCAAAAGAUGAAGUGGGACUCCAAAAUAAUGAGGGCAACACAGCCCUUUCGAUUGCUGCAAUUGUUGGCAAUUUCCAAGCAGCCCAAAUGAUAAUGGGCAGACAUCCAGACUUGGUUGCAGUGGCAAACAACUCCGGCAGGAUGCCAAUUAUUGAGGCUGCUCAACAUGGCCAAAAGAAGAUGAUAAGAUAUUUACAGCAAUUCACCCGAGAUAUUUUUCAUUUUGACGAAAAUGUGCAUGCUUUCUGCUUCUUGAAUUCGCUCAUAGUUGCUGGACUUUACGACAUGGCACUGGACUUUGUAAAACAGUAUCCAAGUUUAGCUAUAAGGGAGCUAUCCGAUGGGGAGUCUCUUCUGAGUGCAAUAGCAAGAAAACCUUCUGCAUUUCCAAGCGGAAGAAAGCCAGACUUUUGGGACCGUUAUCUUUGUUGUGUUCGAAGUUGUAGAGAGGAGAUAGGAGAGACAAAGUUGAUGAAUCAGAUAGCAGUAAAACUUGUCAAACUCUUGUGCAUGGAAAUUACAAGAAUCCUAGACCACGAAAGAGCUUACUCUAUACUAAAACGACCGUUCCUAUUAGCAGCAGAAUUGGGGGUUUGCGAAGUUGUUAAAGAGAUUAUAAAAUCAUUCCCUGAUGCAGUCUGGUUUUCAAAUGCUGACAAUCAUAAUGCACUCCAGUUGGCAAUCAUGAACCGUAGAGAGAAGGUGUUCAACCUUAUAUUUCAAAUGAGUGGUCACAAACAUUUGUUAUUGAUGUCCCAUGACAAUGAUGGGAAUAAUAUCUUGCACUUGGCUGGAAAAUUGGCACCCGAAAAUCAACUCAAUCUCAUCAAUGGUGCAGCCCUACAGAUGCAGCGCGAGUUACGGUGGUUUCGGGAAGUGGAGAAAAUUAUACAGCCUGCAUACAGAGCGAGUAAAAAUUCUAAAGGAGAAACUCCAGCAAUGGUAUUUACAAAGGAACAUAUGGAGCUUGUUAAGAAAGGUGAGAAAUGGAUGAAACAAGCAGCAACCGGAUGCUCAUUAGCAACAACACUCGUUACCACAAUUGUAUUUGCAGCGGCUAUCAGCGUGCCUGGUGGCAACGGAGAUAAUGGCUAUGCAGAAGAUAAUUUUUUUUAUGUCCUGCCCAACAGAUUAAUAUCAGGUCUCGUUUUAUUGUUUGUCUCUGUAACGUCGAUGAUGGUAGACUAUGGUGCCACUGUUUAUCUAGUGUUUUAUGACAGAAAGGCACACUGGAUACUUGCUUUCCUGGGUGCUUCAGUUUGUUCGCCUGUGUUUUUGUUUGUGUAUUUGAAACUUCCCCUCCUGGUAGACUUUGUCUUUUAUACAUAUGGCCCCGGAGCUGCAUUAGACUGUUCCUUCAGGUCGACCACUAGUGCCGCUAAUGCAACAGAUUGCGAAUCAACAGGGGGUAGGGACAUCGAAUCUCGAAAAUGGGCAGCUGGUGGAGAUGAUCAAGCUAAUGGUUGCAUAGGCGGUGCAACAGAACGUGGUUGCGUUGAGAAAUCAGCAACCGACCCCCUAGGACCUUGA